AUGAAAAUACUUAUUGAUUGGAUCAGGAAUUCCCAUUCCCUAGGUUUCGCACCAGUAAGUGAUUUUUCCCCGCAAGAAUUGGGUCCAUUUUUGCGAUUCAACGAAGACAUCGUUGGACAUUUCCCGAAUGCUCCAGGAAUCCCUCGAAGCACCGCGGUGUACUUAGCCGCCAUUCGAUCCUGCGGGAGAAGUGCCUGGAGACGAGCCAUUGCUUUAUUAGAUGACAUCCACGGUGAGCGGAUGGAACAGGGGAUGAUCUCUCACAAGGCCGUUUUGAAAGUUCUGGAACAUGCUGAACGGUGGCAGGAGGUUCUUGCUUUGCUGAGAUCAAUGCAGACGAGGGGUCCUACGCCGGGGUUGGAAGAAUACUCCCUUGCCCUCCGUGUGUGCGGCAAUAAGAGCAGGAAUUCGAAGAUCACGGAAGCAUUGCGUGCCAAUUUGGAUGCAUUCAUCUAUCAAGACCAACUGGAAUCGUGCAGACAGGACGAGUGGCAGCUGGUUCUAAGGCUGAUUGAAGGCAUGGCCCAGCGAGAUCUUUUUCCAGACAAAGUGGCGUGCAGCUCUGCCAUCCACAUCUUAGAGCGGAGUUUCCGCUGGGUUGAAGCCCUUCAACUUGUGGCCAAGUCGCAGAGAAGAGGGCAUUCCCCGGAUGGAGCGCUUUAUGGUGCGAUCAUCAGGUGUUGCUUGCGCAAUGACGGCUUAGAAGAGGCCAUCACCCUCAUGGAGGAGGCGAUUGAAACUGACUUACGACCAGACAUGGAGACCUACGAGGCACUGGUCUUGGCUUGCAGUUCAACCGGUGGCUGGCAAUGGGCCUUGUUCUUCUGGAGAGAUAUGCUCCGCACACAGGAGGGUCAGCAGACUGCUUUUGUUGUGCACGAGUCCCUGCUGGAGGCUUGCAAGGCAGCUGGAGAGUGGAAGUGGGUGUUGGCGCUCUUGAGCGACAUGGAGAAGGUAUCACUGCAGCCCAGUGUGAAGGGCUACCAAGUGGCACUUUUAGCUUGUCAGCAGGCGAAACAGUGGGACUGGGUUGACCAGUUGGAGCAGAAGUUGGUUUCCUUGGAGAAGGCGACAUCCAAGAUGUUCGCCAAUCGGCAGUCGACCUCUGUGGCAGAUGGAGAACCACCGGAUCUCCUUGGUUCGCUUCAAGGGUGUGCGGACGGCUCGUGGGAAGCCGCUUUGCAACUCCUCCGCACACUGCAAGGUCGCAAGAGCCAACCGGAUGGGAUCGCCUUCAAUUCUGUGAUUGAUGCCUGUAGAAGAGGUGGUGAAAUCGACAAGGCCAUUGUUCUGAUGGAGGAAAUGCAGGAGGCAAAGUUUGAUCCCGACUCCAAGAUCUACAAUGAAGUGGUGAACGCCUUGCAACCGGGCCAGGCCAAAGAGACUCCGGCGGCGAUCCGGCAAAGCUGGUCAAUGACUCCGGGCAGCUUCAAGAUCAUCAGGACACCUAAACCAAAGCGUUCCGCCUUGAAGUGGCGGGGAGAGGCUGGACGUGGUUCUGGCAGAUCGCCCAAGAAAUGAGGGAGACGAACAAUGACCGCCACAGGCAAAGGAAUGCCUUGCUAUCUACUGGUCCCUCACCAUCUGAAACAGAAGCAACAACUGGUGACAGGCAGUUGAUCGUGGUUACGCAUUGGCUGAAGAGCUUGAUCCAUUCAUCAAAUCAUCGGUGGCUGCAGACCGCUGACCAUCAAACCAAACCAGGAAGGCUGGGCUUUGCCGCAGCACCAUGAAGCGUGACGUGACUGAGCCUGCGCUGAUCCAUUGAUGUCGUUGCCACUUGAAGUGCUGAGAAGGACAUGUCGACCAGGCCGCAGCUGGCUUUGGUGACAUAACAGCUGCAGACAUUUGCUUCAGCUCACCACAUUCGGACAUGGAUUUUUUUCUGCUACUGCAGAACUCAGAGGAUGAAACACCACAAAUCUAUCCCAUCGACAUGCGGAUUUGCGCCAGCAUACAGCCCCUCGGAGUCCGAUCGUGCUGAUUUGAUUUGACUUUCAGCACAUCUGACUCCGGCAGGUUUUAGGUGCUUCAACAAUUCCCAGUGGGAAGUGCUUGUCACUAUUCGACUUCUUAGCACUGUUUCCCAGAGACAGCACAAGUUGGCAUGCUUUGAAAGAACGUUGAGCGGAG